AUGAACGGCGUCGAAGGUAACGGAAACGUUUUCGGUGCUGCGCCGGGGUACGGAGCGGUUGCACCUCUGUUGAGGACGGCGGCGGGAUUGGAGAGUGUCGUUCCGAUCUACGGCUCGGCGGUCUCCGGAGGCGCUUUUAUGGUGAAAACGCAGGCGGUGAAAUCCGACAGCGGUCUGACCAGUGUUCCGGUCUCGAGAAAACGGCCGCGGGAGGCGAUUGGCACUCUGCUAUCGUCGUUCCCGGGCGGCGCCUUUGAAAAUCAGAGCGUGAUUAACCGUUGCAGUGGUUUUACCUUCCUCGGCGAGGAUAUUUCGUUUCAGAUUCAACAGCAGCAACUUGAAAUCGAUCGGUUUAUCGCUCACCACACUGCGAAGGUGAGGAUGGAAGUCGAGGAGCGGCGGAAGAGAUAUGCGCGGCGGAUCGCGGCGGCGGCGGAGGAGACCGUUCUGAAGCGACUGAAGGCCAAGGAGGCGGAAAUCGAGAAGAUCGGAAAGCUCAACCACGCGCUCGAGGAGCGGUUGAAAUCCCUCUGCGUCGAGAAUCAGAUAUGGCGGGACCUGGCUCAGACGAACGAGGCGACGGCGAACGCCCUGAGGUCCGAUCUGGAGCAGGUCAUUACCCGGGCACAGGACGACCGUCACCGCCGUCAAGACGACGCGGCGGACGACGCCAGCUCCUGCUGCGGCAGCAACCACGACGAUGAGGCGUUCCCGACCGCCUCUGCCAACGGCGGCGACGGGCGUGCAACCUCGAAGAACCGGAUGUGCCGGAGCUGCGGGAGCGACGAAUCGUGUGUGCUGCUGUUGCCGUGCAGGCAUCUGUGCCUCUGUACCUUCUGCGGGUCCACGCUCCACACAUGCCCCGUCUGCUACGCUACCAAAACCGCCAGCGUCCACGUUAACCUCUCCUCUUAA